CUCAACGACAUCGUGGGUAACCAUGAAUGGAUGAUGCCAUCUACAUAUCGAUUAGCUUCCAUUUCAGAUUAGGGCGUGUUGGCACCGAAUUAUGUAUUGCAGACUUGGCCGAGUGUUACAAUCAUUACACCGCCUAACAGCUUGUCAACAAGAGUACCAAUUAAACAUUCCCUUGUAUCUAAUGGAACGUUCGCGAGAUGAUCGUGAUGCUCCGUUAACUUCACCGGACAUAAAUUGCAUGUCUGACACAACAUUCCUUCGCUGAUGUAUUAAAUCACAAAAACCUGACCAUCACUGGUAUCUUGACCUAUCGCAAAACGCACGCUCGACUGCAUUCGGUAAAAGAUUCAUACCUUGUGGAGCACUACCGUCACAGCGUGCACUAUCCACGUCGAGAUCAUCUAAUGAUUUCUUCUUCUUGCCACUUCCGAAAGCGAACGUUCGCGGUCUCUUAACCCAGGUCGUUGAAACAUGUUUUGAAACUUUGGAAAGGAGUUUUUCUGCAAUGCGACGCUCGAAAUCAUUUGUUUCGUUCGAUUGCAUUUGACUUUGAUGAUCAAGGAUACGCGAAUUAAAGCCUAACGAACGAGACGUUCCGAUAUAUCGAUCCAAUUCCGAACUUCCGAAGCAGAACACACACACACAUACAAAAACCAGAAAGUGCUUGAAGCGGUGAGCUGAGAACCUACCAAACGGUUCAUUUUCUUCACGGUUCAAACAAAUUUGAAUACACGCGCGUAUCGCUCGUAACGCAACGUGAGCAGAAGAAGCGACUCACCAAGCUCACCGCAUGAGCGAAAGAACGUUCCGAAAAAGCCGAACGGCUCACGAACCAGAUCGGCCGAUCGGCUACCAAAAACCCAUCAAACGCGUUCGCUGACCACACGCACGCAAGCGGUGGAUGGGUCGUGUACCACCACUUACCAUGCACCGCUGCGUCAGCCCGAGCCAAUUAGCGCCUUGGUGACUUCGAUUCGGUGGUACUCUGCCGGAAGGCUUCAGUUGAGCGCAAGACGCCAACAACAGCGCACCGGCCUGUUAGUGAAUAAGGAUCGCUAAAUUGCUAUAAGUGUGAUUCGCUUACUAAACUGUGACAAGUAUCCACCAUGGAAACGCUACUCGAUCUUGCAGCGAACGUUACGCAGCUCCCGGUGGAAGAGUUUAUGAUCCCGAGCGUUGGUUGGGUCGAGCUCAAGUGGAACGGGUUUUUGGAUAUUAUCGGUGAUGAUAUCGAAACGCUAUACUUUUGGUUCCUGGCUUCGUACACGUACGCCUUCUUCUGGGUCGUCGGUGGUCUGUUCGUGCUGAUGGAUGUGACGAACAAACCACGCUUUAUGCGAAAGUUUAAAAAUCAACCCGGUGUAAAUGAACCACUCGAAUGGGAGAAGCUACUGAAUCUGAUGAAAACGGUCGCCUUCAACCAGCUCGUGUUCGGUCUGCCGACAUCGUACGUGUCGUUUCAGGUCGGCAAACUGAUUGCCGCCAGCAUUCCGGAUCCCCGCGUGCUACCAUCGCUGUACGUAAUUGUACGGGACGUUAUGGUGUGCAUUUUAGCGUGGGAGAUUACCUUCUACUACAGCCACCGGUUGCUACAUUCGAGCUUCUUUUACAAACGGAUUCAUAAGAAGCAUCACGAGUGGUCAGCACCGGUUGCCUGGGCAGCUAUGUACGCGCAUCCGUUCGAGUUCAUCAUCAGCGAUCUGCUUCCGGUGUACGUUGGACCGGCCAUUAUGACCAGUCACGUCUUCACGACCGUCAUCUGGUUUACGUUCGUCAUGAUGGAUACGCUGGUGGACCAUUCCGGGUACCAUCUACCCGUGCUGGGCAGCUCCGAAAUGCACGAUUACCACCAUCUCAAAUUCAACCAGUGUUACGGAUUGUUUGGCUGGUGGGACGGACUGCACGGUACGGAUAGUGAGUUUCGCAAGAAGAAACAAUACCAGCGGCAUCAUCGCAUCUUCAGCUUCAAGUCAGCUCGGGAACUGGUACCGGAACACAAUCACACGUUAGUUGAGGUGUCUGCAGUGAAUUUUACGAUAGAAUCACACUAUGAAGAUGUGUUGCAUCCUGAUACAUAUUUGCCGUCUGGUUUUAUCGAGCGUAAAUGGAAUGCUUUACUGGAUGUCAUAGGAGAUAAUCCCGACAAUCUCUACGUGUGGUAUUCAAUGCUCUACAGCUAUGGUUUGUUCUGGCUUCUUGGAGGGCUGUUUGUACUGAUGGAUUUGACAAAUCGGCCACACUGCAUGCGCAAGUACAAAACACAGCCCGGAACAAAUGAACCGCUCGAUUGGAUACGAUGCAAACAACUGAUCCAAACCGUCGCCUGCAACCAGCUAGUUUACGGUGUUCCAAUGACAUACUGUUCAUACCAUGGCCGUAAACUGAUCAGCGAUAUGAUACCAAACGUCCGUGUACUACCCACCCUGGAUGUCAUCCUACGGGACAUGAUGGUUUGCAUUAUUGCCUGGGAGGUGGCAUUCUACUACACCCAUCGCCUAUUGCACACGAGCAUCUUCUACAAGCACAUCCACAAAAAGCACCACGAAUGGAAGGCACCGGUAGCCUGGUCCGCUAUGUACGCACAUCCGUUCGAGUUCCUCAUCAGUGACCUGCUGCCAGUGUAUCUUGGACCGGCCAUUAUGAAGUGCCACAUAUUUACACUCACGCUCUGGCUAACGUUCGUGAUGUGGGACACGCUCGGUGAUCAUUCUGGCUAUCACCUUCCAUUUCUUGGCAGCUCCGAAUCGCACGAUUACCAUCACAUGACCUUUAAUCAGUGUUAUGGAAACUAUGGAUGGUGCGAUCGGCUCCAUGGAACCAACAGCGAGUUUCGUAAGAAGAAACAAUAUCAAAGGCACUAUCGAAUUUUCAGCCUAAAGUCCGCCAGGGAGUUAAUACCAGCGAAGUGAAUUUUCGUUAAAGAAAAGUGAAAUACUUAGAGCUUAAUAUCAUUCUUUUUUGUAGAAUAAAACUAUUUCCUUAUUUUGUAUAUUCGGUAAAAUGUAGACUGUGUCCCAUAAAACAACGAAAGCAAACGGUGCACUAACAGACUAGUACUGCUGUGUACUAACAGAAGAAUUGAUGUAACGCAUUUUAUGACCAUUUGUCCUCAGAUGAAGUUAUCUUUGUGGCGUAAUGACAAUAAACCAUGGUUCAAUUCAUGUCAAAGAUGUGCGAAACAUGUUGGCGAAAUUAAGGUAGGUUACGCUUCAGGCUCACGAUAGAGACCUUCAACUUUACUCGAUCGCCGACAAGAUGUAGAAGAAUGUGUGGUACUAGGUAGGUACGGAUUUGCCGGUUUCGUGCGGUCCGAUCAAUCAGUCCUGUAGGCAAUAUCAGUUAUCGUACGACAGUACAACGGUGCACAGGCGCUACUAGUGAUCGUGUAGUUCGGGCGUGAAGAGUUCUAUCCCUAAUCUAAUAGUCCGAAAAAAAAACGUUGUUUUGCCGUGAAGUUUAAAUUCUUCAGGGCCCAACAGAAUGGAGUAUGCGCACGUGCUGGAUGCUAAUUUUGGAGUGGCAUCGUUAGCGGUACAAAACAAGUCAACGUAUGUCCAGCUAAAUUCAACGAUUAGCUUCAAUUACAUCGAAACCCAGUGGAACAAGCUGCUUGAUAUCAUUGGUAAUUGGAACUUCUUCAUCCCAUCACUCUCUCGGGAUCAUUCAGGAAGAGUCGUUUCGUGAUUUCUUUUUUUACAGGAGAUGAUCCCGA